CGGCCCUUUCCUCUGAGGCGGCCCCUCAGCAGCCGUCCGGCGUCGCCGGCGCCUUUCCCAUGGCCGAGAGCGGGGACGGCGGCGGCGGCGGCUCGCCGAGCCCGGAGCCUGCGGCGAGCCCCGGCCCUCCUGGCCGGCCUCCUCCUCCGGCGGCCGCGCUGCCCCUGCCCCGCCUGGAGAAGCCGCUGCGGCAGGCCUUCUACAACACGGGCGCCCUGGUGCUGGCGGGGCUGUGCUGCGGCGCCGCGGUGCUGGUCUACUUCAUCCUGGAGGCCUUCCUGCGGCCGCUGCUGUGGGCCGCGCUGUGCGGCACCUUCCUGCACCCCUUCAAGAGCUCCCUCACGGCGCUGGGCCGGGCGUGGCUGCGCCGCCUGCGCCGCUCCGGGGCGCCCGUGCUGCCCGCCGCGCUGCUGCUGCCGCUCUGCUUCGCCAACGCCGCCGCCGAGGCGCUGGGCAGGCAGCUGCUCCGCCGGAGGAGGCUCCUGGUGCUGCUGGGCGCGGGCGGGCCGGCGCUCUACGGAUGCUACGCGCUCGGAGCCUCGCUCGGAGCCCGCGCCGCGCUCGCCCAGGCCGCGGGGAUCAUCGGCGCCGGGCUGGAUUGCUUCAGCAGCCUCUGGAUAUGGACCUUGAUAGCAGGCUAUCUAUUGACUGUAUUAUUCAAGUGGAACCCAAGCACUGAACGUUACUUGAGAACAAUCUCUGUUCCUGUCUGGAUUCUACUGCUCUUCCAUUUGGCUUCGGCAGCAGGUUCUUGGAAGAUUCCAGUGUUUUUGGUUAUAGUUGUCUUAAUGACAGUGGGUAUGUUGCACGAGCACCCGAGUGGGAAAGAGUCUUCAGGGGUAGAGCUUCCUGGUCAGAUGGUUUCUAUUGCAGCAUCUACAAUAGCCAUGGCAAUAUCAAUUACAGGAUUUGAAUCGAGUAAUGAGGAACAUUCACCGCAAUCCUCAGGAACCACAGAAAGUAGUGACACAUCUUCUCCAUCCACUAUGAGUGGCAGACAGAGACCUGAGAUUGGAACACUUCUUAAAAAGAAGAAAACAAGUGAUAUCUACUUUGUUCUGCUUGCAUGGGCCAUUGUAAUAGUUCAGAUAUGGUUGAAUCUCUGGAUAAUACAGCUGCUGCCAGUACCUGUUGCAGUGUGGGUUGUCAAAAAACUUGUGGUCCACUUUGGAGUAGUGAAAUUUCUGGUGAGUCACUGCAGUGUCUGGUGGCAUGUCCUUGAAGAUUUUGUGAGAGAACGUCAAGAAGCUCUUGCGCCACGACCAAUCAAGGGCCUUGGAAGAGUCAUUCUAAAGCUAGACAGUAAGCUGUGGCAUUGGCUUAAUAAGAAGAUGAUCGUGUGGCUGGAAAAAAUGCUAGAUAAAAUCAUUAGCAUUUUCAUCAUAUUUGUGCUAGUGAUAGGCACCCUUCUGCUAGCUCUGCUCCUUACAGCAAAGGUGCACCAAGAAAGCGUACAUAUGAUUGAAGUCACAAGCAGCUUGAUCAAUGAAACUGUAGCCAAUCAUCCAGAAUGGGCCAACUGGCUUCCUGAAGCUCAGGUUUUUCAAAAGGCUUUGAAUUCAGCUGCCAAUAAUGUCUAUCAGUAUGGCCGAGAAUGGAUAACACAUAAGCUCCACAAAAUAUUAGGAGACAAAGUGAACAACACUGCUGUGAUUGAAAAACAAGUUCUGGAGCUCUGGGACAGACUAUAUCAUUCGUGGUUUGUGAAAAAUGUAACUCAUUCAGGAAGACACAAAGGACAAAAGCAACAUUUAAACCGUCAAAACAGCUGGCCAGGUGACAUGCUUGAUUGGCAAGAUGUUGCCUCCUUUAUUCAUGAGAACAUUGAGACAUUUCUUUCGAUCCUGGAAUCCCUCUGGAUAGUGAUGAGCCACAAUGUGAGCCUCCUUUUCACCACAGUUACAACUUUAGUAACUGUCCUCUUUUACAGUGGCACUGCUCUUCUCAAUUUUGUGCUUUCGCUGGUGAUUUUCCUGACCACAUUGUUCUACCUUUUAAGUUCCAGUGAUGAAUACUACAAGCCAGUGAAGUGGGUGAUCAACUUGACUCCCUUGUCACAGCCUGGCCCUUCCUCCAAUAUCGUUGGCCAAUCUGUGGAAGAGGCCAUAAGAGGUGUGUUUGAUGCGUCCCUCAAAAUGGCUGGGUUCUAUGGAAUGUACACCUGGCUGACUCAUACUGUCUUUGGAAUUAACAUUGUCUUCAUACCAUCAGCACUGGCUGCACUUCUUGGAGUUGUUCCAUUUCUAGGAACAUACUGGGCAGCCAUACCUGCCGUUCUAGACCUCUGGCUUGUCCAAGGAGAAGGAUGCAAAGCUGUGCUUCUCUUGGUUUGCCAUCUGCUGCCAACAUAUUUUGUAGACACAGCAAUCUAUUCAGAUAUAUCCGGAGGGGGCCACCCAUACCUGACGGGCCUUGCAGUAGCUGGGGGAGCAUAUUACCUGGGAGUGGAAGGAGCCAUCAUAGGACCCAUACUCCUCUGCACACUUGUGGUUGCUUCCAAUAUCUAUAGUGCUAUGCUUGUGAGCCCCACAAGUGCAUUGCCCACGCCAUCACAGAUGCCUUGGCCUUUGCAGAUAUACCGGUCUUCUAGAGAAAGUCCUGAGGAACAGAAAACUGCCACGGAAUGACACAUGGAGUAUUUCAUCUCUUCUUUAGGAAGAACUCUUUCUUAUGGGAGCAUUGAGCUCAGGAGAGUUGUGGCCUUUGAUCCUUUCUCCAGCUGUGCCUCCUGACAGCUUUCACUGGUGCAGCAUUCCCUGUUGAGCAUACCUGUUGACACACGUUGCCUUAGGUCACGUACAUUUCCUUUGUAAGUGGAAGUGUCUGCUGCCUGCUGUUGGCUUAUUACACAGACCUGGGAUUUGGGUGCCUGGUUUGCCAAAUAAUUCCUCUUAAAAAAACCACACCUUGCAUCAAGUUUUGUUGACUUGAUUCCAGGUCGGAGCCUGUUGUAAAUUCAAAUUUGAUAUUAAUAUUUUUUGCUACCUGCAUAAUUAGAUUCUAGGUGUUCAGUUCCCACAGCUUUUGCUCUUAGAAUAUUCUUGUCUCAAGGAGGUAUAGCUAUUAAACCAUUAAAGUCGAGCACCUGCUAAAAGUUAAGUAUAAUUUUGUGCUGCUUUGUGAAGGAUGCCUUAUUGCAACUUCAUAGUCACCUUUUAAUCAACUAUUAGUAAGACAGCAAUAUUAGUCUUGUCAGGAUGCUAUAUCUCACUGCUGGCUAUAUAACAGACUUACAGAAUUCAUUGCAGUAUGGCUUGGGGAGGGUGGUUGUUUAAAACAGCUUUGUAACUAAACUUUUUUCAUCUAAUCUCCGUUCAAGCAAAUUUACCUACUGAUGAAACAUAAUCAGUGCACUAAAGUAAAAACAGACAAUGUACUCCAAAUAAUUUGUGCAAAUUUAUGAAGGUGCUUUAAUAUUUUCUAGGAAAUGUAGCACUGGAUUAAUAUAUCUAGCUCUUACUAGUGAUAAAGAAUAAGAUGUUGUUUACAUUGUAUUUUUAAAGGUAUUAACAGAGUAAUGAAUCAGGGUGGAAAGAGAAAUCUGUUCUAUAGAUUCUCUGGGUAUGUUACUGAGGAAUGUGACUGUCAGCAUCGAGUUGUUGUUUUUUAAAAAAAUGUCUACGAGCUAAAGCGUAUAGCACAGGAAUGUUCCAUGCUGGCUAAACAUUUUUGACUUGAAAUAGUGAUUUGUUAGCACCAAAGAAAAUAAUUGUGAAUUGGUGGUUAAGCGGUGACAAGCUAAAGACACUCCAAAACACUUGUUUAAUGAAUAGAUUAAGACAAAGCACUUUUAAUGGUUAUACUUACUUAAAACAAAGUAAAACCAUAAUAUCAAAGUG